AUGCCGGGAGAUACUAAAAGGAAUGGAACAAGAGGCCUUCUCAACCAUUUGUAUUAUAGGUGUGAGAGUUCUCCUCUUCGUGUGGUGAUGGAUAGGAGCCAACGGACAUUAACUCAAUCGAUGAUGGGAGGUGAAGUAAAAAUUUCCGACUUCAACCAAAAAAGGCUCGACAAUAUGUGUAUAAAGUGGAUUAUCAAAGCGGAGAUGCCUUUUCGAACCGUAGAGCAAUCGGACUUCAAAGAAUUCAUUCGUGAUCUUCAACCUCAUUAUAAGAUUCUUAAUCGGAGGAAGAUUGCGAAGGAGGUGUGGAGUUUAUUUUGCGAGAAGAAAGCGAAGAUCAAAAGCAUCAUUGGUGAUCUCCGUGUGAGUAUCACAACCGAUACUUGGACCUCUAUCCAAAAUAUUAAUUACAUGGUGGUGAUGACCCAUUUUAUUGACUCGGAUUUCCACUUACACAAAAGGGUGCUUAAUUUUUGUAAAAUUACUACUCAUAAGGGUGAAGACAUAAGAAGGUGUCUUGAAGAGAAGUUGGUCGAAUGGGGCAUAAGUAAGGUGUUUACCAUUACCAUGGACAAUGCGAGUUCCAAUGAUGUGGCCAUGGAGUAUUUGAAGAAGCAACUCCGGAAGCAUGAUAGUCUUAUGCAGGGCCGGCUUCUUGGGGAGGCAGCCUAG